AUGAAGCUGCUUUGGUUUUGCACGCUCGUGCUGUUUUCAGCGCCUCAAAUUACCGCGAAUAACACAUCCACACCUUUCCCAGUCUUCUCUGGAGAUGCAUUCGAGCGAUACAACAUCAGCGCCGCUGGCAUCACGGCAAGCUUCAUGCCAUACGGUGCUCGACUAACGAAUCUCUGGGUCAACGAUGGAAAUGGAAUCCCUCGAGACGUGAUCAUGGGCUAUGAUACUGGAGAGGAGUAUGUUCGCGAUACAGCGGGCCCUCACUCGUACAUGGGCGGUGUUGUCGGUCGAUAUGCCAACCGCAUCAAGAAUGGAACCUUCGAACUCGGCGGAGAGACGUUUCAUAUCCCCAAGAAUAGUGGGAAUACGAGUACACUGCACGGAGGCACUGUCGGGUACGAUCGGAGGAACUGGACUAUCGUUCAGCAUUCGUCCAACACCAUCACGUUCGCUUUCUACGACCAGGCAUUCGAGGGCUUUCCGGGCAAUGUCAUCAACUAUGCGACGUACAGCGUCUCCUGUGCCGUCGCCGGGAAGCCGCGAUGGACCAGUCGAUUGGUAUCCAUUCCGCUGGAUCAGACGACGCCGAUUAUGCUGAGCAACCACAUCUAUUGGAAUCUCGGCGCUUUCGUCAACCAACAGGCGCAGAGGGUCUACGACAAUACACUGUACAUGCCCUACGCCAAACGAUAUCCACAGGUGGAGACCAGUCAGGUCCCCAACGGGACGAUCGGUACGGUCGCGGGGACUUUCCUGGACUUCACCACCCCUCGACUCAUCGGCUCGCAAAUCUUCAACGGCCCGAAGAAUAGCUGUGGAGUCAAUUGUACCGGCUACAACAACGCCUUCAUCCUCGAUCGACCACGGUAUUCUUCCCCGGAAGAUACAGAACUCGUUGUCCUCCGCAUGUCUUCCCCCGAUACGAGGAUCCAGAUGGACGUCCGCACGACACAGCAGAAUCUGGAAAUCUUCAGCUGUAAUUGGUUCAAUGGGAGUAUCGCUGCGAAGGCAGGACAGCGCCAGGACAACGGGGGCGCCGAGAGUCGGUAUGAGCUGCAUGGGUGUAUUGUGGUGGAGCCGCAGGGUUGGAUCGAUGGGAUCAAUAACCCGCAAUGGGGACAGGACGAGUAUCAGGUCUAUGGCGUUGAUACGCUGCCUGCGGUCAAUUUUGCCACGUAUGAGUUUGGCAUUGUCGGGGCAGAGGCGCAGGCGCAGGCGCAAGAGAGGGAUGAGCUCUGA